UGGGAAAACACUGCCAAAUGAGAGCUAUCCAGAAUGCUGGUCAGAUUUGCAGAGCUGAAUGUGUGAGUGAACCGUGACAUCUUUUCCAUGAGAGGGUUGAGCCUUGUUUUGCAACAUGUUCCUCUGUGAUUGUAUUUAGCUACAUCAGUAAAAAAUACAAUGUGUGGUGUGUAUUAAUAAUAUUUAAAGUGGCAAUCUGGGAUUCGGGAAAACAACAAAGUGUGCACCCUGACACUUUUUGAUUAGCAGCUGAGGGAUAAGGUUAGAGAAAUUUUACCACUCAAAUUCAUGGAUGCAAGGACUAUCCAUUAGUUCAAAAUGAUAGUUUUAUCCAUGUUUUGAAGCUAUUCAGUCUUUGUUUACAGUUACAUGGUUUACAAAUAAGUUUAGAUGUUGGGUUCUGAUGAAUUACGACAGUUGAACUAAGCUCAUGAGAAAUGUAUACUAGUAAAUGUAUUUUCUUCCAAAAAUCAAUGGCUAAUUUCCUAGUUUAAAUCAAAAAAUGGAUGUACCAAUCCCAGAUUGMCCCUUUUUGAAAAGAGAUCUUUUUAGUAUUUAGUKUAGGUCUGUCAAAUGAGUCCUUUAAUAUCUUUCAGAAUCCAAGACACCAAUGGGGCAGAGGGMAWCUUCAAUGUUGCGACUACACACUGCCAGGAUUUUGCUUUUGUSCACAUUGCAYACGCUCAGUUUGAACUGUCUCAAGGCAACACAAAGAAAAGUACUUGGAUACUUCAGAGGGCCAUUGAACUGAAUGCCAAACCCAACGACCUGCUGGAGGCAGCUAUGCAGAACUUGACAUUGUGCAAAGCAGAACUUCUUUCCUCUGAGGAUAAGGAAAAUGUACCAGGCAACACAAAGAAAAGUACUUGGAUACUUCAGAGGGCCAUUGAACUGAAUGCCAAACCCAACGACCUGCUGGAGGCAGCUAUGCAGAACUUGACAUUGUGCAAAGCAGAACUUCUUUCCUCUGAGGAUAAGGAAAAUGUACCAGUCUCAACUUAUAAUACACAUGGUUCUGCGAAAAAUGAAACAGGAUUUCGCAAAGUCUCUGGAAACUCCGACGGUACAGGCGACUUGCAGCUUUCCAGUAUUUUUUCUUCAGGAACAAUGGAACCACGGAAUGGACCCCAAGUGGACAAGGUUCCAGCUUGGAGGUCUGGGUCUCAACGAAAGAGAGCCGUUGGCAUGCCAGGGAGAGUGCCUGUAGUCCCCUGCUCUAUCUCAGAAAUGGAUGAUGAUGACAGUGAUGGAAGACAAGUGAAGAGGGAGGCUCUCAUCUCAAGUAGCUUGUCCAGGCAAACUUCUGGUUCAAGUGCGAUGUUUACCUUGUCCUCGGCCAAGAAGCGUGUUGAAGAUGGGGACUUCCUCAAUCUAAAGACACCUAUCAUUAGCCCUGAGCCACGCCCAUGGAAGAACAUGGGAAUUGUGGACUCCACCACUACACUGCUGCACAGGCAAGAUAGGAGAGAUGCCACUAGGAUGGAAGAUACCACUGACAAUAUAAACCAGAUAAUCGGUUCCAACUCCCCUGAGGCUUGCCGRAUGUAUCUGACCAAGCUGGAGAAGAGGGGCAAUCCUCAGACAGACACCAACCUUCUCCUAAAGCUGAAGGACUGCUAUUCCAGAGUCUUCUCCAGACUGCCAUUGGUAAUGUACAGCAACAGUGAGAGCUAUGCCAAGAUGCUGGUCCGAUAUGCUGAACUCAAAGGCAUUGAUGACCCAGAUGAUGCUCGGGACAACUUCAUCGUUGCGAGAUCCAACUGCAAAGGCUUUGCCUUUGUGCACAUAGCACAUGCUCAGUUUGAGGUUGCUCGAGGUCAGGUCAAGAAAGGCUUGUCAAUACUACAGAAAGCCCUUCAGGUGAACGCAAAGCCCACUGAACUAAUUGAGACUGCAAUGCAGAAACUAAAAGCCGGGAAUUACCAGUUUCUCCCCGCAGAAGACCGAGAGAGUCUCCCAGAGCCGCUGUCUCACGGGUCAUUGAGUCUGUCAAACUAUGGUAGAGAGAGGGAGCUGGAGAUUCCCGCCCGUUUACCUCUGAGCCAGACACAGCCCAAACCCUCUAGCAUGGAGCUGUCUUCAGGGUGGAAAAUACCAGCCCACGUAAGCAGAGUCGUGUCUCCAGAGGAGAAGCACACCCCUCCUGAUUUCACGCCCAUUCCACGUCURGUGGACUCUCUACCCACCCCAUCCCUUCCUCUCCCGUCCAGACUCAACCCACCCGUCGCCUGCCAGAUGCCCAACUACAAAGACACCAGGGCCAACAGUUACUUUACCCCUGGGGUCAAGAGGAACUCCCCAUAUGCGGCCCCUCUCUCAGCAGCCCAUAAAGCCGKCCCUGCCCAGCAGCAGCCGURCAYCCCCCUCAGCCAGGUGUCCUAUGCCCAGCAGACCCACCAGGGUUCUGCCGUUGCUCUCUCAAACGAGUCCAUUGUGAUAAAGGGCAAACGGUUCCUCGUCCUGAAGAUGAUUGGCCGAGGUGGAUCCAGUAAGGUGUACCAGGUUCUGGACCAACGUAAUCAGCUGUUUGCUGUGAAGUAUGUGAACCUGGAGGAGGCUGAUGCCCAGACAGUGGAGAGCUACAAGAACGAGAUAGAGCAUCUCAAUCGCCUGCAGCAGUACAGUGAUCAGAUCAUCAAGCUGUAUGAUUAUGAAAUAACCAACAGCUACAUCUACAUGCUGAUGGAAUGUGGUAACCUGGACCUCAGCACCUGGCUACGCAACCGUAAAACUGUCAACCCGCUGGAGAGGAAGUUAUACUGGAAGAAUAUGCUGGAGGCAGUCCAGACCAUCCACAAACAUGGUAUUGUCCAUAGUGACUUGAAGCCAGCCAAUUUUGUGAUUGUGAAUGCCUCGCUGAAAUUGAUCGACUUUGGCAUUGCAAACCGCAUCCAGCCUGAUGUGACGAGCAUUAUGAAAGAUUCUCAGGUUGGGACCUUGAACUACAUGCCCCCUGAAGCCAUCAAAGACACUUCAUCCCAGCCAGGGAAGGCAAKCUCUAAGAUUAGUACUAAAGGUGAUGUGUGGUCCCUUGGUUGCAUCAUKUACUGCAUGACCUAUGGGAAGACUCCAUUCCAGACCAUCACCAACCAGAUCACCAAGCUACACGCCAUCAUUGACCCGACCCAUGAGAUAGAGUUCCCUGACAUUGCAGAGAAGGAUCUGCUAGAUGUGUUGAAGAGGUGUUUGGUACGAAACCCAAGAGAGCGGAUUUCCAUCGCGGGGCUGCUGGAGCAUUCAUACCUAAAGCUUCAGUCUCAGCAACAGUCACCUGUGCCAGCACCUCCUGACAAUAACGAUCUGAAGAGGAUCCUCAACGAGCUCGCUGCCUUACAGUCUCCCAACAGCAUUGCCAGGGCUGCUAAUAACUUGGCGAAAAUGUGCAACAGUGGUCGGAAACUGGACGCUGCAGGGUGUGUAAAGUCAUCCAGCCAUCUCAACUGGAAGAUGUAGAUGAUCCACUGAUGGCCUAAAAACCCCCAAAGGGGUCAGCAGAUAGAACUCCAUUCCUAGCCUAAGUUGAGCUUUACCCAAGAGAUACACUGCCCAUGCCAUGCUUCGGCACAACCUGAAAAAUACAUCCUGUUUGGUAGUACACUGGCCCUGUUUGAAUACUUUGAAAAUGUAUCCUUACUUCCUUCCCCUUUUUAAAGUAAUCACUGAUCUGUCAUGUCUGGAAUGGUGAAAGCUAUGAAGUGGAACCUUUGCUUUUAUUCUAUCCAAGUAUGUUAGAUCAGUGAUAACACCGAGGAUGGGAGGAAAGAAGGAUGCAUUUUAACCGUUUUUAAGCAGGGUCCAUAAAUGCCCUAUAGAGCUCUACCAUCUCCAUGUUUUAUUCUCUUAUGUCUUCAUGACUUCCCCUUGCUCUCAUCUUGAAGGAUACGGAUCUACACWGUUUWUUWUUUAUUUUUAAGAUGGACACUUUUUUUGUGUUUCUUUACUUUGCACAUUUUACUGUACUCUCAAACAUGUAAAUACAAAAAAUGCUCAACAAAUGAACUAGCUAACUGUAUUAUUGAUGUUUAUUUCUUUCAGCUGUCAAUUUCAUCUGUAGUUAUUUAUAUGUUGUAUAUACACUGCUCAAAAAAAUAAAGGGAACACUUAAACAA